UCAUCUUUGGGUUUCAUAUAUAUAUAAAAAAAUCUCAAUCUAACGGUUCAGAUUUGUUGAUUAUUAGUAAACCUUGUUAACAAAGCCCUCUUUGUUGUUGUUGUUGUUGUUAAUGGAGGUUCCUCUCCAAGUCAUUGUGAUUUCUUCUUCUUCCUCUUUAUUUAGAAACCAAUUCAACAGCUUCUUUCUUCGUUAUAUCUAAAACCUCUCUACAAAUCCUUAUAUUGCAAUCUGAGGAUCGCUCGAUUUGAAUUGGCUCAAAUCUUCUUCACUUGGUCGACGUCAAGACGACUUUUUGACUUGGUUUAACUGUACCUUCCUAUUUCGAUCGAAUCAAUCGGCUCUCUCUAUACGCACACACACCAAGACCAAGCAACUUAUAUUCUCCUCUAGCAACUUAUAUUCUCCUCUAGUAACUUAUAUUCUCCUUUUUGUUAAGGUGUUAUCUCAGUCAACGCAAUUGUUUAAGAGGCUUACUCUAGCCCCAAUCGUAAGUUUCCUCUCAUCAGCAUCUCCAUCUCCACUGCACCACUGAGAAGUUUCGUUGGACAAAGACUAGAAUUUGUUUUGUUGAAAACUGAGGAGAUGGAAGUGAGUCGUUAUUUCUCUUUUUUGGACAAGUUUCUUCGAAAGUCUGUCUCAGAAGGAGCGUAUUGAGUUUCUCAAUAAUAUAUUUGACAUCUUCUUCUGCCUCAUCCGAGGAAGUUUGUUGUGGCUUAAAGUAUCAUCGUGCGGAGAAUAGGAUACUCAUCUUUUAUUUGAUUCGAUUGACAAUUGAAUCGAGCCGCUCACUUGGUCAAUUAUGGAGUCAACAAAGGUCUGCAUGAAUGCACUGUGCGGAGCAGUCUCAACGUCGGGCGAGUGGAAGAAAGGCUGGCCUAUGCGAUCUGGCGAUUUGGCCUCUCUCUGCGAUAAGUGUGGGUCCGCAUACGAGCAAUCCAUUUUCUGUCAAGUGUUUCACGCCGAGGAGUCUGGUUGGAGAGAGUGUACUUCAUGUGACAAGCGCCUUCACUGUGGAUGCAUUGCUUCCAGAUUUAUGAUGGAGCUUCUAGAUAAUGGCAGCGUGACCUGUAUAAGUUGCGCUAAGAAGUCUGCACUAUUUUCUAUGAAUGUCAGUCAAGAAUCCAACGGUAGGGACUUGUCUUCGUUUGCUUCACCAGAGCAUGUAGGCAGUGUUCUUGAGAGGACAAAUCUUAAGCACUUGCUCCACUUUCAAAGAAUCGGCUCCACUCAAUCUUCUCUUCAAAUGAAACAAGAAGAAUCUCUGCUUCGUUCCAGACUAGAUGCUCUUAGACACAAAACUGAAAGGAAAGAGUUGCAGGAAUUAUCUGCACAGCCAAACUUGAGCAUUUCACUUGGACCUACGCUUAUGUCGAGUCCAUUUCAUGAUGCUGUUGUUGAUGACAGAAGUAAGGCUACUUCGAUUUUCCAACUGGCCCCUCGGUCCAGGCAACUGCUUCCAAAACCUGCAAAUUCAGCUCCCACUGCUGCUGGUAUGGAGCCUAACGGGAGCCUGGUGUCGCAGAUUCAUGUCGCUCGGCCUCCUCCAGAAGGUCGCGGGAAGACCCAAUUGCUUCCUCGUUACUGGCCUAGGAUUACUGACCAAGAGCUGCAGCAAUUAUCUGGACAGUAUCCUCAUCUCUCAAAUUCCAAAAUUAUACCACUCUUUGAAAAAGUUCUGAGUGCUAGCGAUGCGGGUCGUAUUGGUCGACUGGUUCUUCCGAAAGCAUGUGCAGAGGCCUAUUUCCCCCCGAUCUCUCAACCCGAGGGUCUCCCGUUAAAGAUACAAGACAUAAAAGGGAAAGAGUGGGUGUUCCAGUUCAGAUUUUGGCCUAAUAAUAACAGCAGGAUGUACGUUUUGGAGGGUGUGACUCCUUGCAUACAGUCCAUGCAGUUGCAAGCUGGUGACACUGUAACGUUCAGCCGUACAGAACCUGAAGGAAAACUCGUAAUGGGAUACCGUAAAGCGACAAACUCUACAGCAACACAGAUGUUCAAGGGAAGCAAUGAACCCAAUCUAAACAUGUUUUCCAACAACUUGAAUCCGGGAUGUGGUGACAUCAACUGGUCUAAACUAGAGAAGACUGAGGACAUGGGAAAGGAUAACUUAUUUCUUCAGUCGUCCCUAACUUCUGCUAGGAAACGGGUUCGGAACAUUGGGACUAAGAGCAAGCGUCUUCUCAUUGAUAGCGUAGAUGUUCUGGAACUGAAAGUAACUUGGGAUGAGGCACAGGAACUGCUGCGGCCGCCCCAAUCCGCCAAACCCAGCAUCGUUACGUUGGAAGAUCAAGAUUUUGAAGAAUAUGACGAACCACCAGUUUUCGGGAAGAAGACCGUUUUUGUGUCACGUCAAACAGGGGAACAAGAGCAAUGGGUGCAGUGUGAUGCUUGUGGGAAAUGGCGACGGCUGCCUGUGGAUACUCUUCUUCCACCAAAAUGGUUGUGCUCCGAUAAUCUCUUGGAUCCUGCCAGGUCUUCAUGUUCUGCACCUGAUGAACUCUCUCCAAGAGAACAUGAUACACUUGUCCGGCAGAGUAAAGAGUUCAAAAGGAGGAGAAUGGCAUCAACAAACGAAAAGCUAAACCAGGCGCAGGAGGCAUCUGCCGCGGAAACUUUAGCAAAUGCAGGCAUCACCACGACCGGUGAACAAGGGGAAAUCGCGGUUGCAGCCACGACCAAGCAUCCAAGACACCGGGCAGGGUGUUCGUGCAUUGUCUGCAGCCAACCGCCGAGCGGAAAAGGCAAACACAAGCCGACAUGCACAUGCACUGUGUGCGAGGCAGUGAAGAGGCGGUUUAGGACGCUCAUGAUGCGGAAGCGGAGCAGGGGAGAGGCAGGACAGGCAAGCCAACAGGCACAGUCCGAGAGCAGAGAUGAGACAGAAGUGGAGAGCAUUCCAGCGGUUGAGCCAGCCGCAGGGGAAAAUAUUGACUUAAACUCAGACCCGGGGGCUUCCCGAGUAAGCAUGAUGAGCCUUCUCCAAGCUGCAGCUUUUCCUCUGGAGGCAUAUCUGAAACAAAAGGCUGUUUCCAAUACAGCAGGAGAACAGCAAAGCAGUGAUAUGGUAAGCACAGAGCACGGAUCGUCCUCAGCGGCACAAGAACAGGACAAAGACACAAACGGAGCUCAGGAACCUGUAAGCUAAACCCCUUUUGGAAUCCUCCAUGAGUUACUUUAUUCUUCAUAGGUGUGUUUAUUAUUUAUACAAAACUUCUUCGGUUUCGUCCCAAAUUGGUAGACUGGUUACGACCAUUCCGCCAAUUGUCAAACCGAAGAAGUGAGGAAGUUAUGGUUUUUUUUUUGUUUGCCUGUGUGUUUCGGUUGGUGUGGUGAGGAUUGAGAGAGUGAUCAAAAGAAAAAAAAAGGGAAUCUGGAUGAGAUUUUUGGAAAUACGUAGGGAGGACAACUAACAUAAUAAUCAUAUCCUGGCAUCGAAUACAUGUAUGUAUAAGAAGUUUGAAGAAACAAUACAUAUCGGAACAAAGUAUGGAGGAGAACGGAGCCUCACAUUAAAUCUUGUGACUUUAAAGCUUCUACAUACGUUAGGUUACUCCCCGGAUCAAGGUUGUUGAAUAUGCAGUUCAUGGUUUACAUAAAAUUAGACAAGGGUCACUGGAGAUCCUAUUAUUUUUCUUCGGUUAUGGGCUUUUUUGACCAAGGAGAUGUAAGACUAUCCAGUUGCAUCAGAGCAAGUUCGUCGGCAUUAGCUAAAA